AUGUGGCUGCUCCCAGUUCUGUUCCUUCUCGUCAUCCAAGGCCACUUCUCCACCUGCCAGGAGAGUAUGGUGAGAGGCACAGCAAUUGGCACAUUGACCGUGUCCUGUGAGUACAGUCCAGGAUGGGAAUUCUACAAGAAAUGGUUGUGUCGCGGGAAGAACUGGAGUUCCUGCAAAAUCCUUGUUAAAACCACCGGGUCAGAGCAACUGGUGAAGAAGGGCCGAGUGUCCAUCCAGGACAAUCACAGCCGACACAUGUUCACUGUGACCUUGGAGGAUCUCUGGUAUGACGACGAAGACACCUACUGGUGUGGGAUUGAGCAGACCGGCACUGACAUAGGAUUCAAAUUUUCCGUGAUUGUCGACCCAGCUCCUGAUCCAACAGACUCUCCCAAGCCUGAGGCACUGAUGCAGCAGAAGGUGGAAUCGGUGGACCUCUGUACAGCUGGCCCAUCAGGGAUCUUUGUCCAUGUGGACACAUUCUGGAACUUUUUGGUUUAG